AGUACAAGGGCUUGGACGAUAUCGUGUGUGGCAAAGAUCCGAUCUGCUCUUACUCCGCUUCAUAGCAGUACAUUCCGAACUUUCCCAUUUGACAACAAUGUGUAAGAGGUCGGUUGGGCCCUCCUGUUGUUGAACACAACCUUCACUGGACAGUUUUACGCUGUAGUUAACAUCGCACCAAUCGACGGUGGCCUUCAGAUCACCUAAAUAUAGGCAGAACCAAAGAACACGUGGUUUGCGACCACCAGUAUUGUAUUUCGUUACCUACUGGUUUGUUGUGUCUCUCAAUUUAAUAAGGCGGUAUCAAGGAAACAUCAUGUCUGAGCCUUUGAAAGCGCCAAUUCCUCCAGACGCCCCGAAAACGGCUUUUAAUUUCCGCCAAGUCAUUCCGACAGCCGACACGAGUGACGUCACUGAGUCUCCUGCCGUCUUGUACAGAUCGUCGAGGCUGGAUACUCUCUCCGAGGAGGAAGUCACGUGGUUCAAUAAAAACGGUAUCCGAACCAUCAUCGACGGCAGAUCACUCAGAGAAUACAACAAAGCAGACGGCGAGAAAAACAUCGAAAAACACUACCCCGUCCAGAAGGUCAGCUUCCCGUUUCUAGGAUGGCGGUAUCACGUGGGAGAUAAGGUCAAGGCCACUGAAGUCACAACCAAUCAGAAUGAAGAACGCCAUGGCAACCAUUUCUUGGUGAAUUUCUUGCGCCUCGGUUUCUACGCCGCUUUUCUAGGCCGGGUGCCCUGGUAUUUGGCGAUUUAUUCUUUGUGGUUUCUCGUGAAGGAUAUCUGGAAUAAAAACGUACACUGGACGAAUUUCUUCCUAUUCUUUGAGAGAAGGUGUCCGAUACGAUUAAUUGGACAUUAUAAGAACUUCGUGAAUGGCUCACAAGCGUCCAUAGCUGCAUCUCUAAAGUUACUGUCGCAGCCUGGGGCCCUUCCCGCCAUAAUUGUGUGCCAGUUUGGUAAGGACAGAACUGGUCUCCUCGUGGCUUUCAUACUGACCUUGAUGGGCAAGAGCAGAGAAUACGUAGUGUGGGAAUACGCCCUUUCUCAGGAAGGCAUGGCUUCUCAGGUUGACAGGAUGAGAGUUGAAGUGUGCGAGCGGUAUCACGUGAAUGAAGAUUUGUUAACAGCCAGGAAAGAAACCAUUAUUGAGAUACUGGAUUACGUAGAGGAGAGAUAUGGUGGUGUUGAAGCGUAUCUCGAGCACUGUGGCUUUGGGAAAGAGGAACAAGAGACACUGAGGAGAAACAUUGCAGGCAAACUCAAACAAAGUUAGAUGAUCUACCCAUACACACUGAUAGAUGUAUGAAGAAGUGUACUGGUUGGUCCAUAAAAAAACACAUUGUAACGGACGUGAGAGGCUGUACCGCGCCUAUCACAUUCCAAACCAUCAGAGGUACUCGGUCCGUAACCUCCCCUCAACGGAGUCUGGGUCGGCGGAGUCAUGUAGAUCUAAAACUUGAGGGUCAAGAUGCGCUCAUCCGGAUACAUGUAGAUGCGCUGAUACGGACGGACCUAUUCGAUAACGUGCCCAUAUGGAAAUUGCGAUUUGUCAAUAAUCUGAUAAAUAUUUCGGAGCAAUACAAUAAUAAAAAUAGUUUUCCUUGUUUGUGAUCAUCAGCAGACAUAUUAGAAAACUAAAUGCAAAGCACUAAGGAGACUAAAACAUGCAUGAUCGGACACUUUACCCACACUGACAGAUAUUUUACGCAAACGUCUGCCCAUACUACGAUAUGGUUAAAGGGAAUAAUGACACUGUCAAAUGAAUAUGAUAUAAAGAGAUAAAUGAAUGGACAUCAAUUAUGCUUAUACUGUAACAUCUUUACAAUGGACUAGAUAAAAACGAAAUACCCCGAAUGGGCAUGCACACUAUCAAUAUGGACGAGUUUCCAUCGAUAUUGGCGUAUAUCCCGAUGGGCGAGUCAUCGUGUGCUACUACUACUUCUACUAAGGCUGAAAGGGUGGAUGUCGUCCUGGGUGCCGACAAAUGGUACCCAGGUUCGAGAUCGACUGGACAAUAAGCACCCUGGGUGCCAUUACACUAGACAAACAGCACCCAGCUUCUUCUUCUACACUUUUUCUAUACCUACAACCGAGGUUGGCCCCACGCUGACGGAGGUCACGUGUCACGAUAACCAUAAUAAAAAUAAAAAUAAAAAUA